ACACCGUAGUAGAUCUCAUUGGUAGAAUUGAUUUAUACAUAGGAAGAUGCUGUCAGAUACUAGCUACAAGACACUGGAAGCCAUAGGUCUUCAUUUUGUUCGGUUAAAAACUUAUAAAAGAAAUGACCGCGGACACUGUUCAUUCGGACAGAUACACUUUUUUUUCUACUGUUAAAUAUUAUUAUCAUUCCGAAUCAAUGGUCAUUGGUAUAUAUACUACUGCGAUUAAUCAUAUUUUUCUGUAAGGUUUCUUAUUAUCUGUUUAUUUUCAUGUUCUCCAGCUUCUUCUAGCGACAGUACUCUUUAAGGGCCUAAUUAUUUAUGCUAAAAAGAAUCUAUAUUUUUUUGUAUAAAACAUCUCACAAACAAAUAACAACGACAGCGAUAUUGUUGUUAAAUUAUUCUUUUUCCAGUAUCGUCUGUUUCUCUCUGAUUUUUGAUAUUGAAUGUUGUAACAACUAAAGUUUUUCGGUUUAAUUAAAACUGAAGCUGAAACGAUAAACAAAGUUUACUUAUUUUCUUCAUUUGACUACAAAUUAAUAAAUUGAUGAUUGAGUGAUCAUAUAGAAUAGAUCUUUAUCUGUACUAGUGAUAUGACAGAAUGCAUUUAUUAGAAAACGUUGCGAUAAUUGCGGUUCACUAUAAAACUAUUCUAGACAUUUAAAACCAAAGAAUAAGCGACAAACAAAGAAAUUCUUCUUCGCAUGAGUUAAAGAAAAUUCCAUAUACAUUUUAGAUAGAAGAGCAAGAAAGUUAGUGAGACCAAGAAAAUUUAUUUCUGAAAAAUCAAGCAUAACAAAACAGCAAAAAUAGUAUGAAAAUCGAUUUUCUACACGUGUCUAAAUACAAAUUUUAUAGUUCAAGCAGGAUAAGAUUUAUGAGAAAUGGAUUGGUAAGUAAAUGAUUGCUAGUUAUUUUUCUGUUAUUGAGUUUUUCCUGCAGUGAAUGUGAAAAUGUGUUUAAUUAAUAUUAAAAAUUUUCUCUCUGUUGUUCAAAUUCCUAGAUCUCUCACAUAUAUUUUCCUUCUUCGUUUAUCAAAAAGUCCUGUCUAUUGCUUGUCUGUAUUACGUAAAAUAUUCGCAAGAACACUUCAGAAAUGUCAACAAAUAAUAAAUUUGACUAUGUGAUGUUUAAUUGUAAAAAAAAGUCUUUUUGUACUUGUUUGGUUUGACACACCAUAAUUAAAACAUAACUUGUGAUGAAUUAUUAAACAAGUGUUGUAGUUAAAAUCGAGAUUUGAUCAGCUAAACUCGAAAUUAUCUACUAAAACAUGAGUUUUCUGUAAUAAUGAAAUCUUCAAAUAUGCAUAGAGAAAUUGUACAAAAAUUCCAUACUUAGUAGAAUCAUGAAAACUUCGAAAUCAUUGAUACAUGUCUGGGCUAAACUAUUGUGAAAACGACGGAUAUUUAUUUCAUUUAACAUAUUGAAAUCAAAACGAUCAAUCUAAAAUUUUGAAUUGUAUUUGUAAUUCACGUUAAAGAACUAAGCUAAGAGCAUUUUGAAUAUUUCACUUUCUCAACCAGUCUUGCGAUGGAUAUUUCGAGCACUCAAUUUACGUUUACUAAUGAGUCACGAACAUUUAUUUCGAGAGCGAGAUGUACCAUUUUCCGACGAAUUCGAUUUUCAGCAGUUGUAACUCGUCAAAAUUUUUAUUUUGUCUUGUCAUACGAAUGAUCUUAUAAGACAAACAUAAAUUUUCUCUCCUUUUUAUCACAAUGUUUUUCUUCUAGUUGUACUCGAAAAAGAGGAACAAAAAAUAACACUCAUCAAUUGUGAGGCAAGGAAAAAGAAAAAAAAAGGAUAUGCAACGGAAAUUCAGUCUAAUAUAUUUAGCCUAUUACCCUCUGAAAAAGAGAAAAAUAAUCGUUAUGCGAGUAACAGCGAGAGAAAGAGAGAGAGAGAGAACGAAAUAUUCAGCUGAUUAGUAAUAUUAAUAUAAAUGAAAGAAGAAUGAUGAAUUUUCAGUUUGUGGUUUGAAUAAAUAUAACUAUCAGAUUUAAUUCCCUAACACGAUAAUUUAUUAAAAACAACCAAAAAGAAACAGAAAAAAUAUCGGAAUAGCUACUCUAUCUGUAGAAUAAAUUGAUCUAUCAAAUAUAAAUAAAUAGCAGAAUGAAAAUUUUUUUUCGUUAAUGUUCCAAAAGCAGAAUAACGAUUGUUUGUUAACACUGAUUCCAGGAAGAUAAAAACACAUUUAAUGUUUACUCAAAAAUGAAACAUGUUAUUGAUACAGUAGGUCCCAUCUUAUGAUUACGAGUAAUUAAAAAAAUCUAGUGAUAAUAAAUAAAAUUUGUCUUACAAUUGAAAAAUUAUAAUAACAUCAAAAUCGUUUGAAAAAUUUUGAAACUAACGGGUAGAUUUUACACAUUUGAUCGGCACUUAUCCAUAAACUAUUGCUCCUUGUAGUAUUGUUAUGACUGUUUCUAUCAUUCUAAAGUGUAGAAUCAUAUUUUUAAAUAAAAUUUUUAUUUGAUUAUCAACGGUCUUACUUUUUUCUUUUAAAAUGUUUGCAUUUAAUAUGAUACAAACUUUCCAAACUAUGAUGGAACGUGUGAUACAUUAUGCGACUAGAGUUAUACAACUAAUUAUUUUUGUUUUAGUGUUAUUUUCAAUGUCAAUCAAUAUAUUUGAUGGACAAAUGUCGAAGAAUUGGUAUUAAUAAUGAAUAAUAAUGAAGAAAAUACAAUUGUUUUUGUUGAUGAAUGUUACGGCGUAUAAUCAAAGUUAAUAAUAAUAACGUACACACUCAACAUUACUCACUAUUAUAAAAGAAUUAUUAUGGUAUGAUUUAUUCAAACGAAUGUUUUAUACUAUUUUAAUUGUUAUUUUAAUACAACCUACAUGUUUGUUAUCCGUAGAUGUAGAUAAUAAGAGAGAAGAAAUGUUAAAUAAUAACUAUUCUCAUAUAUUAUCAUCAAAAGAUAUUGACAAAUAUUUUACUUUGGUGACAACAAUCGAUAAACCAAUUAGUUUAAAAAAAUAUUAUGGUAUGCAAGAUUUAUCAAUCAAUUAUUAUCCUGGUACAAUAAAUAUUAUUUUAUCUGUUCCACACGAUGGUGAUUUAAAAUCAAAUUUAAAUACUCGUCCAUUGGGUGGUUGCAAAAAACAAAAUUCAUCAUCAACAAAAUGUAUUUAUCAACAUCCAUGUCCAAUGGCAUAUAAAAUGAAUCAAAUUGAUUGUCCUAUAUCAAGAGGUCGUGAUACAAAUACACGUUUAUUAGCAUUAGCAUUAAGAUAUGAAUUAAAUAAAUUGAUAAAUUUAAAACCAUUUGUUAUUAUAAAUCGUAUUCAACGAUUAAAAGUUGAUAUGAAUCGAUUUAUAGAUGAAGCAACAUUUGGCUAUGGAGAAAAUAUGAAAGCGUGGAUGCUCUAUCAUUUUUAUAUUCAACAUGCACGAGAAUUAAUUGUUCGAAAUAUUGGUAAAGGUAUUCUAUUUGAUAUUCAUUCUCAAAGUCAUAUUGAAGGUUGGGUAGAAAUUGGCUACUUAAUAACAAGUGAACAGUUAAAAAAUGGUAAAUAUUCAUUUAGAAAAUCGACAUUAACAUCGACACUACCAUUUAAUGAAACGGAAUUAAUUACCGGUUACAAAUCAUUAGGAUAUUUCAUUGAAAAAUAUAAUUAUCCAGCAACACCGUCGCCUAGUCAUCCCAAACCUCCAUAUUCAUCCUAUUAUGAAUGGGGUUAUAUCAUCGAUGAAUAUGGGGCGAGAUUACGUACAGAUAAUUUUAGUGCAAUUAUGAUUGAAUCUCCAUCAAAGCAAUUAUUAAAUAAAACACGUCUAUUUUUCUAUGCAAAAUCGUUAGCAAAAGCUCUAGCAGACUAUUUAAUUGAAUUGAAUAUUAUCGAAGAAUUUUCAGAAAAUAUUAAAAUGAAUCGCCGAGUUGUUUCGUAUAAAACAACAAUUAUUAGUGAAAUCAAUGGUAAACAUAAUUCAACAGAUAAUUAUUCCACAUCUACGUCGCCGUAUUCCAGCGAACAAUCUCAAAAUGGAGGCAAUGAUCCUAACAAAAUCCUACAGAAUCCUAUUGAAACCCGAAAUUCAUCGGAUUUUCUAAGAUCCUAUUACGAUCCUGAACAAACUUAA